UUGUAGCUCCUUUGGGGCAGCAGCCCCAACGACGCGUCUGGGGGAGCCGGCUCUCUCUCGAGGCUCCAGCUGGAGGUGCCGGGUUUUCUUCCACGCCGUGUAUUAGUCGCUAUGGGCCGCUCGGAGCCUUGUGAUCCCCGACUCAGGACUAUUGCGAUCGACGAAACGAAACCCGAGGGCUUGAGCGAUUUUGCCGAGACUCGACCUCGCAGUGAGCCACGCGUAGCAAUUGUGCAACGCAGGAGCAUCCCGGUUGCCUCAAAAACCGUACAAAGCCGCGUCCAACCCUGCCAGCACACCUUCGCCAGCGGACGCCGCGCAUAACCGCACUCGGGUCGACGCGUGGCACCCACUGCGAGGAUCAAUAAUCGGGCCGCACGGCACGGCCGUAGCCGCGCACACUUGAUUCGUGCAUUGCGCUGCUGUGCGUCGCCGAGGCGCCUCAAAACCGCCUGCACGCUGUCGCUGCAUGCAUUGAUGCGCGCGCUCGGCUCUGACCCGGCGGCGGCCAGCCGUAACAUACACCCACUUCACGCCGCCGCCGCGCGUAGCAAUAACACACAAACCCCACAGGCACACGCGUACCCACAAAAGCAGCAGUAAAAAAAAGAUGAUGCGCACCGCGCUCGCCGCGGCGGCGCUCGCGACCGCGGCCGUCGCCCAGGAGGACCUCGGGACGGUCAUCGGGAUUGAUUUGGGCACGACGUACUCGUGCGUCGGCGUCUUCCAGAACGGUAGGGUCGAGAUCAUCGCGAACGACCAGGGUAACCGCAUCACGCCCUCGUACGUCGCGUGGGACGACGCCGGCGAGCGCCUGAUCGGCGACGCCGCCAAGAACCAGGCGACGAUCAACCCCGAGAACACGGUCUUCGACGUCAAGCGAUUGAUCGGCCGCAAGUUCAACGAGAAGUCCGUGCAAGCGGACAAGAAGCUCUUCCCCUUCGCGCUCGUGCCCAAGGACGACAAGCCCUACGUGCAAGUUGUAUUAGAGGGCGGCGAGAAAAAAGUCUUCGCGCCGGAGGAGAUCUCCGCCAUGGUCUUGACCAAGAUGCGGUCCACGGCCGAGGCCUUCCUCGGUUCCGAGGUGAAGCACGCCGUCGUCACGGUGCCGGCGUACUUCAACGACGCGCAGCGCCAAGCCACGAAGGACGCGGGCACGAUCAGCGGCAUGACGGUGCAGCGCAUCAUCAACGAGCCUACCGCCGCCGCCAUCGCCUACGGCAUGGACAAGAAGGAGGGCGAGAAGAACAUCCUCGUCUUUGACCUCGGAGGUGGCACGUUCGACGUGACGCUCCUGACGAUCGACAACGGCGUCUUCGAGGUGCUCGCGACGAACGGCGACACCCAUUUAGGUGGGGAGGACUUCGACCAGCGCAUCAUGCAGUACUUCAUCAAGAUGAUCAAGAAGAAGGACGGCAACGACAUCACCAGCGACAAGCGCGCGGUCCAGAAGCUGCGGAGGGAGGUCGAGCGCGUCAAGCGCGCCCUCUCGAACCAGCACCAGGCGCGCCUCGAGAUCGAGUCGCUCUACGACGGCAACGACUUCUCCGAGACGCUGACGCGCGCGCGCUUCGAGGAGCUCAAUUUGGACCUCUUCAAGAAGACCCUGGGCCCGGUCGGCAAGGUCAUGGAGGACGGCGACCUCGCGAAGACGGAGAUCGACGAACUUGUCUUGGUCGGCGGGUCCACCCGUAUCCCGAAAGUCCAGUCGCUGCUCAAGGACUACUUCGGCGGCAAGGAGCCGAGCCGCGGCAUCAACCCUGAUGAGGCCGUCGCGUACGGUGCCGCCGUGCAGGGCGGCAUCCUUUCCGGAGACGACUCGGCCGAGGUCCAGGAUUUACUUCUCUUGGACGUGACGCCGCUGUCCCAGGGUAUCGAGACCGUCGGCGGCGUCAUGACGAAGCUCAUCAGCCGUAACACGGUCAUCCCCACGAAGAAGUCGCAGACCUUCUCGACGUACCAGGACAACCAGCCGGCUGUGUUGAUUCAGGUCUUCGAGGGCGAGCGCUCGAUGACGAAGGACAACCACUUGUAGAAAUGCGGCGUCCGCGACCCCU